AUGUUUUCAGAAGGCCACGGCACUUCAGGUGCCGAGGGCUCUCAACAACAACAACAACAACAGCAGCAGGUUACACAUCCCGACAAUUCCCCGUCAUCCCAUCUCCAUGGGACUUCCGAAGCGCAAUCAAGUCCGUUUGUCACUCGCCUCGAACUGUUUCUCACGCGUGUUCCCGACAUCUACAUCGCGCCGUUCUGCGGAGCCAGUGCCGGCGUGGCAUCUGGUAUCGUAACAUGCCCCCUCGACGUGAUUAAGACCAAGCUGCAGGCUCAGGGAGGCUUCGCACGCAGAGGGCCUAAUGUGGUUGAAACCAAAGCACUAUACCGAGGCAUGCUAGGCACGGGCAGAAUGAUAUGGCGUGAAGAUGGCAUUCGAGGCCUCUACCAAGGACUUGGCCCCAUGCUUCUCGGAUAUCUGCCGACGUGGGCCGUCUAUCUGGCGGUCUAUGACCGGUCUCGAGAAUACUUUUAUGAAUCUACCGAUAGCUGGUGGCUCUCAAGAGGUUAUGCUUCCAUAUCGGCCGGUGCCUGCUCCACGAUAGCAACGAAUCCAAUCUGGGUGAUCAAAACACGACUCAUGUCCCAAAGCACCAAAUCCAAUAGCGAGGGUCUCCGGGCUCCAUGGCAGUAUUCCGGCACGUGGGAUGCGGCUCGCAAAAUGUACAAGACCGAAGGAAUCCGCUCAUUUUACUCUGGACUUUCGCCCGCCUUGCUAGGACUGACUCACGUGGCCAUCCAAUUCCCGCUGUAUGAAUAUUUGAAAAUGGCUAUAACUGGAUAUGGAAUCGGAGAGCAUCCCGACAAUGGAACCUCCCACUGGAUCGGAAUCUCUUUUGCUACCUUCCUGAGCAAAAUAUGCGCCAGCACCGUGACAUACCCUCACGAAGUACUACGGACCAGGCUGCAGACGCAGCAAAGGACAGCCCCUGCGCCAUCGCCCGAGGAGAUAGCAUUCCGUGGAGGACUGGACCAUCCCCAGGACCGUGGUAGGCCUCCGGGUGCCGCAUCGUCUGAUGGCAUGCCUAACCGACCCCGAUACACAGGGAUCAUCCGCACAUGCCAGACCAUUCUGAAAGAAGAAGGAUGGCGCGCAUUCUACUCUGGAAUCGGCACCAAUUUAUUCCGUGCCGUUCCGGCUGCUAUGACCACAAUGCUGACCUACGAAUACCUUCGCAAGCACAUCGGUCACCUUCAGCACGAGGGGUCGUUGAAGCGGAAUAUGGAGGAGGAAACGCCAUAA